AUGGAACCGGAACCUGACGCGCCGUCUGAGAAGAAGCCCGAUGUGACGGCGCUUGACUCGGCGCCCGGCGCAUCCGGUCACCCCGCGUCGGCCUCGGGCGCCACGUCCACUCGUGAAGCCAGCGCCGCUUCUUCUUUAGCAUCCCGUGACGGCCCCCCCGAUUCUAUCAAGGCCUCCUCGGGCCUGUCUCCACGGCACUCAUCGGCGCGCUCGCCCACGCCUGUCGCCACUGCUGCGGUGCCUGCUGCGGCUCCUGGACCCCGCCGCUCGCCUUUAUCUGCGGCCUCUGGUCGUCGUCCUCUCCCUGGUUCGGCCCCUAGCCAAUCUGCAUCAUCAGCCAGCCCGACAAGCGCGCAACCUGCACGAGAUGCGCCCAUGUCCAAGACGUCUGCAAGUGCAACCAUCAGUCCAAAAGAGAAGAUGACCGAACCUGAAAAGGGAGGUAUGGACAAGGUAGAUUCACAGAAUCGAACCAACCUGCCACUUGGCGGCCCCAGCUCCAUUGCUGUCAGAGUCUCAUCCACAUCAUCAUCCUGCAUUCCCGCAAAUAUCCUGGAAGACGAGAUUGUUGUCGGAACCAAGCCAAAUGGAAAGCACUCGUCUCCUAUACAUGUCGUCUCUGAUCAGGAAGAUAUCGAGAUGGAAGACAGGGAUCAUUCGCCAGAACCAAGCCAUCCGAAGCGCAAGCGUUCCUCAGUCUACAAUGAGCUCGAGGGAGAGAGGAUUGAGCAGAGCCUGAUACAGGACGACAUUAAGGAUGUUCCGACCAUCACAUCUGCUCUUGUUGUGGACAAGGCGCCUAGACCGAUGCCCCAGCCUUCUAUGACUACGCAAAGGAGCAUCACGCUUGGCUAUUGGCGAGAUUCGGCUGUUCCUGACGAGAAUGAGAAGCAUGCUGUCGUCGGCUUCAUUGACACUCGCGACCGUCUCCGGACCCGCAUCCAACAGAGCAGUCGGUCGGGAAAGUUUGUUGCCGCAGACUAUCCACUCCCCCCGGGACCGGGCGGCAGCUGGGUUACGUUUGAGCGCGUUGUUUUUGACAAGCAUCUCGUCGGCCUUGACCACAAUCAGGUCAAAGAGUAUGUCAAAAUACGUUCAGAGAAUUCCAUGGCCCACAACAGUCCGGAAGAGGAACUAGAAAAUGAGAAGGUUGCUGUGAAGGAAGCCAUUCGCCGAGCGGCACUGCAUCCGACCCCUGACAAUAUGCCUGCGCCAGCCAUCGCGUACGGAGUUGAUCUACCCGACUACGUUGUAAAUGCUGCCCGGCCCGAAAAGAAGCGGCGCAUGAUUUCAAACGGCACUUUCGGCGCCUUUUCUUCGGCCGCCGACAUUGCCGCCAACUCGCCCAGCGCCCAGCAAAGUCUGGCACCGGCUGGCGGUUCGCCGUCAGUAGCAUCGGCUAUUCAAAGGUCGGCCAUCGAUCUCUUGCCGGGCACCCGCCCGACGAAAAUUUUGCUUGGCUAUUGGCGAGGCUCGAGCGAAGAGCGGGUGGAGGACAAGCAUGCCGUCUUUGGCAUACUGGGCGCGAAUGAUAUGUUCCGCGUCAAGGUGACUCGCGAGACUCGUGAUGGUCGUCCCGUGAUGGGCAACUUCCCGACAGGCGCUGGCGCUCUUUGGAUCCACUAUGACGAGGUCGAAUUCGAGAAGCACAUCCGCCACUUGUCUCGCCCAGAGGUGAAGGAGUACGUGCGUGUGCGGCAGCGCCAGAUUGAUGAGGGGGAGAAACCCGACCAGCGGAUCGAGAAUGAGACUAAGGCGGUCUACGAUGCCCAGGCCCGCGUUAUAAGUGCUGGCGGUGUCGCUCAGAGCACGCUAGGCACGGCUGGCAGAGUUGAUACCAUCAGCUUCGCGUCUGCUGCCAACCUGAACCACCGGCAAGCCGACAAUGGGAGCAGCGAGAUUCCCAGCCAUUACCAACAAGACGGUCGUACUCGGCGAGAGUACGAGCCGCGUCAGACUCGCCGCUCUUAUGCGGCUGACUCUCGCGACAGUCCUGCCUCCAUUGCGGCUGCUGCCAUUGCCGCCACACCGCCACUGUCUCGCUCUGGCCGCCACUCGCUGCCUGACGGAGUUGGCAUGACCACCGAGCUUCGGCCUGCCAAUAGACCGCCUCCAGCCGGCCAUGGCGCGGUCGAAGGCAGCAAGGCACUGCCGAAUUGUCACAAUGGCAGCGGUCCGAACGCCGACCGUGUUGAACGCACCAAUAGCUUGGCGCGCCGCGAGAUUGUCCGUGUUGAGUCGAUCCAGAUGCGCAAUGAGCAGCGUGCUGCCAAUCGCGAGACCGGACUGGUCGGCAGUGGAGGCAGCACGGCGAGUGGCAUGAGUUUGGCUGGUGAACCGACGACUUCUGUCCUCGCCAGCCUGUCUCUCAACGGCAAUGCGGGCAACGGAUCUGGUGUCGGCAGCUCUGCCGGCAACAACGGCGGAAGCAGUCGCCAGACUUUUAGCGAGAACAUAGGACGUCUCAACAAAGUCUGGGCUUCACAAGAGGCCACACGUCUGCGCGCCGGAGGCGAAGACGCAAAAAUCUACAUGGGCGUCAAAUAUGAACGCAAGCAGACGGGCCCUUUCCAAGGCAAGCUCGUCAGCCCUGGCACGAUUUUGUCCAUUGACGGUGAGGACUAUGUCGAGUAUCGCGUGCUUACUAAGCCGACAUUCUUCUGA